AUGGCGCCCCCCACCAACACCCAAAGCCAAAAUGACCCCACCGUCAUCGUCGGCAUGGCAUGUCGCGUCCCAGGCGCAGCAAGCCCCUCUCAGCUCUGGGAAAACAUCGUCCAAAAGAAAGAUGUCCGGAGCAAGAUACCUGAAGAUCGAUGGAGUGUGGAUAAUUUCUAUCAUAAGAAUGGGGCAAACAAGGGAAUUACCAAUGCCAAGUAUGGCUACUUCCUCUCCCAAGACAUUGCCAACUUCGACGCCGGAUUCUUCGGCAUCUCAGGCAAAGAAGCCGAGGCCAUGGAUCCGCAGCAAAGACUUCUGCUCGAGGUUGUCUACGAAGCGCUUGAGAACGCCGGUAUCACCCUCAGCGAAAUCAACGGCUCGAAGACGUCCGUCUUUUGCGGCUGCUUCACAAAAGACUACGACAUGAUGGUCGCAAAAGACUGGGACAUGUAUCCCAAGCACACAGUCACUGGAACUGGGGGUGCCAUCCUCGCGAACCGCAUCUCCUAUUUCUACAACCUACACGGCACCAGCGUCACCAUCGAUACAGCUUGCUCAAGUUCACUAGUGUGUCUCCAUUUGGGCAGACAAAGCAUUCUGAAUGGGGAAAGUGAUAUGAGCAUUAUUGUCGGCUCGAGCUUGCAUUUCGAUCCGAGGGAGUAUAUCCUCAUGACCGAUCUCGGUAUGCUGUCCGCAGACGGGCGUUCUCGAGCUUUCGAUGCUGAUGCUAGUGGGUAUGUGAGAGGCGAGGGGAUCUGUGCCGUCAUUCUCAAACGGCAGGCUGCUGCUUUGCAAGAUGGGGAUAAUAUCAGGGCUGUGAUCAGAGCUUCUGGCACAAACCACGAUGGCAAGACGCAAGGCAUCACGUUGCCUUCGCCGGAGGCGCAAGAAGCGCUCAUCAGAUCAACAUAUGUCGAAGCCGGGCUGGAUUUUACGGACACGCAGUAUUUUGAAGCGCAUGGCACCGGUACGCAAGCAGGUGACCCGCGCGAGACGUCCGCUAUAGGCGCAGUGUUCGCGUCGGGACGAGAGCAGACACUCUAUGUCGGAUCGGUCAAGACGAACAUUGGCCAUCUUGAAGGCUCGUCCGGCCUCGCUGGAAUCAUUAAAACGACGCUUGCACUUGAGCAUCACCAGAUCCCUCCAAACAUGCUGUUCGAGAAGCCGAACCCGAAGAUUGAUUUCGAGAAAUGGAAAUUGGCGGUUCCGACUCAGCUUUGUGAUUGGCAGACCACGAAUGGUGUGCGGAGAGCGAGCAUCAAUUCUUUUGGCUAUGGAGGUACGAACGCGCAUGUUGUGUUGGAGGAAUACCGAAGCCCGGCUCGAGAUGAGAUACGGCUGUUUGGUAGUAGUGAGGCUGAUGAUGACGUAAGCGAGGAUGCUGGAAGACCUUACCUCUUGCCUAUCACAUCGCACACCGCGAAGACUGGCGAGAAGUUGGAGAAGGCUUUGCGUGACUAUCUCGUCUCUAACGAGGAAGUGGCUCUGUCGGACCUCACUUGCAGUCUCUCAAGCAAGCGCACAUUCCACGGCCAGCGUUCCUUCGUUGUGGCUGGAGAUGUCGAAGAUGCUCUCGAUCAGCUUGACCAAAAACGCCCCAACGCUCCAUGGGUAUCUUCCAACCAAAACCCUCCCCGCCUCGGCUUCAUCUUCACAGGCCAAGGCGCGCAAUGGUACGCAAUGGGCCGCCAACUCAUCAACUCGUGCCCCCUCUUCCACCAGUCAAUCAAGCACUGCGACCGAGUCCUAAGCCAACUUCGCGAUGCGCCGUCCUGGUCUGUAAUGGACGAGUUGCUGAAAAGUAAAGACGCAUCUUUGCUGGGAAACACAGAGUAUUCACAGCCAUUAUGCACAGCACUCCAGCUUGCGCUCAUUGACCUCCUAACUUCAUGGGGGAUCAAGCCUACUGCCGUGGUGGGGCACUCGUCUGGCGAGAUGGGCGCGGCGUAUGCAGCUGGUAUUUUGAGCUUUGAGAAUGCCCUUAUUGCAGCUUAUUAUCGAGGCUUGUAUAUGUCUGCUCCUACAGACAAUAGUGUCAGAGGAGCGAUGAUGGCCGUUGGAAUGAGUGAGACUGGAGCACGGGCCGAGCUUGAGCAACACAGCGGCAAGAUUGCUAUAGCGGCUAUUAAUUCCCCAACGACCAUGACGCUUUCUGGGGACGAAGAUGCGAUUCUGCUCUUGAAAGACUCGUUGACAGAGCGAAAGGUAUUUGCGCGACAGUUGCAAGUCACUCAAGCAUUCCAUUCACACCACAUGCUCCCGCUUGCUCCAGCUUAUGAAGCAGCUCUGAACUCCUUGCCCAACUUCAAGACUCAGAACCCGACAUGCAGGAUGGUGUCAAGUGUUACAGGUCGACUUGCUAAUCCUGCCUUCAUGGGGGCCGCCUAUUGGGCGGAGAACAUGACGAACAUGGUUCGAUUUUCGCAAGCCUUGUCAGGGAUCCUUCAAGAUGAGGAAGGACAGGAUCUUAUUGAUGUUCUGGUUGAGAUUGGACCUCAUCCAGCGCUCAAAGGACCAGCCCGUCAAGUCCAACAACCCCUUGGGCUGAACAAGCCGUACUUUGCGUCCUUGACUAGAGGCGCACCAGACUAUGAAGCCAUCCUCACACUUGCAGGCCAGCUCUUCUCGCUCGGAUAUCCUGUCGACUUGGAGGCCGUAAACUCAAAUGGAAACCCCAAGAAAGCGAGUGGGAAACGACUACUUCAUAUGCCCUCUUACCAAUGGGACCACAAGAGAUACUGGGCCGAGACUCGCUUUACCAAAGAACUCCGCCUCAGACCAUCGCGUCAUGCAAUCCUCGGCGCACCAGUCCCUGGUUCCUUCGCCAACCACCCACGAUACAGGAAUCGCAUUGUGCUUGGUGAGCACCCAUGGCUGUCAGACCAUGUCAUCGAUGGCAGAGUCAUCUUCCCCGGCGCUGGCUACAUCAGCAUGGCUAUCGAAGCCGUAGCGCUUCAGCUACCACUAAGUGCUGAAGUGAGAGCAAUCGUCCUCAAAGACAUUGUCAUCAAAGCCGCGCUGAUGUUGCCUGAGACUGACACUGGUGUUGAGAUCAUGCUUGAGCUCCGCCCAGAAAGCGUGUCUGCGAAGGCGUUUUCGGAUCGGUGGUUUGAGUUCAUGGUGUGCUCAUAUGACGCGGAAGAUCGCUGCAUUGAGCAUUGUCAUGGCCGUAUCGCCGUCGAGCAAGGCGAAGAUAUGGUAUUUUCUAUUGCGGAGAAGUUUGAACCAUCCUCCGAGCUGCUCAAGAAGACUGACCGAUCAGAGUCCGCUACAUCUUUCUAUCGACGCCUCAACGCUUUGGGUCUCCAGUAUGGUCACAAGUUCAGUCUUCUUGCGGGGUCCGUCGAUCGGGGCAAUGGAUUUGCAAUGGCAAACCUGGACUUCGAUCCUACUAUACUUCCGCAAGAACCAUAUGAAAUGACCAUAUUGCAUCCCACGCUCCUCGACGCUUCUUUCCACGUCGGCUUUAGCGCAAUUGAAUCUUGCCUGGGCCGUCAGCUCCGCGAGCCAUAUGUUCCUACGUUCAUCGAAAAGCUCAUAAUAUCUGGCUCGUUCUUGACUACUCGCAAUUCACCAGCAAAGCAAGACAUGCAGAUCUGCGUUUCGACAAAGUUGCCCUCGCGACGUGUGGCUAUUAGCGAUUUCUUGCUUCGUUCCCGUGAUAGCGAGACACCCCUCUUAGAGAUUCAUGGCCUCGAAGUCACGUCGCUAGGCCGCGAGGGAGCAGAUGAGGAGGGACGCAGUGUAUUCUUUUCCCAGCAGUGGAUGCCGGCAUUCGAUAUGUUGCAGUCCGAUCACGACGUACCUGCUCUGAAGUCCAUUGAGGACUUGGUCGAAUUGUACACACAUCAACAUCCAAACGCGCAGGUCUUACACAUCUCACCAAGCCCCAGACAUACCAGCACAUUGGUGUGCAAGCUCGGACUGGGUACAGAGAAUCGACGCAGGAUUGGACAUAUCGAUGUUAUUCUGCCUGAUGACAUCCAGAACAUCGACCGCGAACGCCUUGAACAAUUCGGCAACAAUUUGCUUACAGUGGGACAACCACGCGAGAACGCUUACGACCUUGUCGUUGUGAGCGCUAACUCAGACGUUACUCUGAGCAACUAUCUUAAGGAGGAUGGUACGGUCAUAUUCGACAAGGCUACCACCGAUGCCCCUCCAGGACUGAAACAACAGCUUCGGAGCGACAAAUUCUCAAUCUUCAAGAAAUUCGACGAGGUACUCACUCCACUAGAGGAUAUCGCCAUCAUCCUCCCUUCGACAAGUAUGUCGGAACGCGCACAAGCAAUUCUCGCGGCCAUCUCCUCCAAGUACGCUGGUCAAGUCAUCCCAACGACCUGGGAUAUAUUCGAGGAGACAGUCGGACUGACGAACACCUUCGUCAUCCUAUCCAGUCUCGUUGAGCCCUUCGCAAACGAUAAGACGUUCAAGGGUGCACAAAAGCUCCUCACAGGCAUCAAUCGCAAUAUCGUCUGGCUCACUGAAGGCGCAAUCAUGGACUGCACCCAGCCCGAAUCCGCUUGGGUUCUUGGGCUGCUUCGUUCUGCGCGUAGUGAGAAUGACGCCAUUCGUGCUGUUCUGCUCGAUUGCGAUCCUGUGGGCCAACCUCAGGAGGUUGCUGCAAGAAUCGGGCAAACCCUUGAGGUUUCGAUGCAUGAGGAGGAGUUGGCAGAGCGCAAGGGUUGCGUCUAUGUCCCCAGAAUUGUUGCCGAUGAUGGCAGGAAUGCGAAAUUGCAGAAUGGAGCUCCCUCUCGUCCGAGGCAGAGACUUCUGAAUACGAACGAGAGCUUAAAGCUUGAAAUUGGGCAGUUUGGUGUCCUUGAUUCUCUUCGUCUUGCGCACGACGAGAAUGUAAAUCAGCCACUGGCUCCAAACGAGGUAGAGAUGCAGGUUAAGGCUACAAGCGUCAACUCCAGAGAUAUCGAUGUCUGCAUGGGAUCGAUCAACAAUGAAGCUCUCGGCGGCGACUGCGCCGGUGUCGUCACUCGCGUGGGUUCGGAUGUGCCACUCCUCUCGUUCAAGCCUGGAGAUCGAGUCGUUGCAUGGAUGCCAGGAGCAGGUUGUCACCGCACCAUUGUUCGAGCUCCAAAAUCUGCUUGUGUUGUGCUUCCGGAUUUUGUCUCCUUCCCAGAAGCUGCCUCUUUAUCUCAAGGACUGGUUUCUGCUUACUAUGGACUGGUCGAGCUCGCUCGGAUCCAGCCGGAAGAGACUGUAUUAAUUCACUGCGCUGCAAGCGGUCCUGGCCAAAUAGCUCUCCAGCUGGCAAAAAGAGCUGGUGCUCAAAUUCUAGGCACAGUUGGCUCUGAGACGGAGAUCAAUCUUCUAACCACGAAGUACGGCCUGGAAAUCGGCAACAUGUUCUCCUCACGCGACACCACUUUCGCCUCCAGCGUCAUGGCAAGAACAGCUGGUAAAGGUGUUGACGUGAUCUUGAGCACAUUCACAGGACAAUUACUCCAGGCCAGCGUGCAAUGCCUGGCUCCUUUCGGGCGCUUUAUUGACCUUUGUGGGUCAGAUGCCGUGGAAGACAUAAGACUGGGUCUGCGCUGCCUGCAUAAGAAUGCCAUGUUCGCUUCAGUCGACCUUGUUUCCAUCCCCCAAAACCCGAAGCUCACAACUCGUUUGCUGCAAAAUGUCUUCAGACUUGUUGCCGAAGGACACAUCAAGCCACCAUCAGACAUUAUCGAGGUUUCGUACGCCAACGUCACCCACGGUUUCCGGCUCAUGCAGAAAUCAGACGGCAUUCGCAGCAUCGUCCUCACACCGAAGAAUGGAGAACAAAUCUCCGUCCUCCUAGCCAAGUUCAACAACCAGCCACUGUUCAGGCCAAACAAGACAUAUCUCCUCGUCGGGGGCCUAGGAGGCCUAGGUCGCUCAAUGGCAGAAUGGAUGUACCGCCGCGGCGCCCGCAAAAUUUCCUUCCUCUCUCGCUCCGGCGCAAAGCGUCCAGAAGCCCAAGCAACAGUCUCCUGGCUCACGUCACGAAACGUCGAAGUCUCUGUCUUCAGCGGCGAUGUUUCCUCUCUUAUCGACGUAAUGUCCUGCAUCCGGCAAAUCCGCCCCAGUCUCGCAGGUAUCUUUCACGCCGCCAUGGUACUGCAAGAUACGCCUCUAGAGAAAAUGUCAUUCGAGCAAUGGCAAACGUGCUUCACGCCCAAAGCUACAGGCGCGCAGAAUCUGCAUCUCUCGACGCUCAAUCUGCAGCUCGAUUUCUUCGUGUGCUUCUCGUCCGUGGCUGCGGUGCUGGGAUCGAAAGCUCAAGCAAAUUAUUCGGCUGCGAAUUCGUUCCUUGAUGCAUUCAUGCGGUAUAGACGCGGUCUCGGGCUCUGUGGGACAGCCAUGAAUGUCGGUGCUGUGGGUGGCAUUGGCGUUAUUGCUGAGAAUGAGGCGUUGCAGAAGGUUAUGGGGAGAUUGGGAAUGGAUAUGAUUGACGAGGAAGAGUUGUUGUAUCAGUUGGAAGAAGCGGUUUCGUCGAAGGGUACUGCAAGCGUAAGCGGAAUUGAUGAGCAUUCGAUCAUUACUGGCAUCAGUCUCACUCGGGCAGACGUCGAAUGGGCGUCGAAGCCACUCUUGCAGAAUCUGUAUGCUAAUCACGACUUUGCCAACUCCGGGGCCACUACGAAGGGAGACGGGCAGUCACUCAGUGUGUUACUGGCAGCUGCAGCAGAUCCUAAAAGUAAAACGAGAGUGUUGGUGGAUGGACUGAUGGAUAAGAUGGCGGUUGUGCUUGGAACGUCCAAGGAAGAUGUUGAUGCUAAGAAGAGCUUGGGGGAUUACGGUCUUGAUUCUAUUGUUGCUGUUGAGUUUCGGAAGUGGUUCCGCAAUGUUGUUGGCGUCGAUAUGGCUUUAUUUGACAUCUUGGGUUCUGGAAGUAUCGAGGCGCUCUGCGGGAAGGCUGUCGCAUUGAUAGGCUGAUUCUUAAAGAAGGAGGAUAGUUGCGAAAGGAGAUAUCUCCCCAAGUCUGAGGGGCGAUUCGAGCUUGACUUCGGGUCCAGGUAUACGGCGUGUCGUACUGGGUGGAUAAUGGCAUCCUGUUCCUAGAACGCAGGAUUGUUUUUAGCUAUAUAGAAGGAUCAAUAGUAGCGCUUAUAAUGUCUCUUACGGGGAUAGAUCAGCUCAGUUGCAUACAUUAAAGAUGCC